AUGAGGACCAAAAAUCCAAUGGCUAAAAAGCCGCGACAAAUAUUAUUUUCUAAAAAUACUUAUGGGCCAAGAGUUAAAAUUCAAAACUGGGACUUUCAAAACCAUAUAGAAAAGAGAGACAAUUACGUGUACCGUGAUCAACUUAGUAAUCAUCGAAGUACCUAUUUACGUUGGGGAAACCAAGAUCAAGGAAUAGGACAUACUGAAACUAGUGCUAUGCUUGAGCAAGUGUUCACUAAAACCGACCCCAUAUAUGCUUUCAAACCACUGGUUAACUUUACUUCUUAUCCAUGUACUGAUACCCCAGGAAGAAAUAAACUGUUGAAAAACGCGAACUUGGCCCAGCUGCCUCCCGAUUUCGGUGUCAUGGAUUAUUCAACAACUCAGCAAGAUGAUUACAGAAAUCCCUUCGCUACAGUAGCAAAACCGUUAACAAUGUCUUCACCACCAUGGUUACUUAAUCGAGUGAUUCGUUCAGAUCUAACACACAACCAUGGCACCGCACCACCCAGAGGAGACUAUCAGUGCUUAGACACACAUACGCCUAUCGGACAUAUUCGACAGAUGAGGCUUUUUCGUUACCAAUCUUUCAACCCUGCUUCCUGCCUACAAGAUUUUCCCACAGUUGAUUUGUCUAUUAUAAAA